AUGAGCGACGACAAGGCGGACCUUUUACGGUUCGCAACUGAAUAUGCAGACAACAAUAUUGAUCUCUACGAACUUCUCGGCGUGGAUGCUCUCACCCCCAAGGAAGAUGUCCACCGGGCUUGGAGAAAAGCGUCCUUGAACAACCACCCGGACAAGGCGCGUGAGAAGUUUGAUGCGGCAAAAUGGGAGCUAUUCGAAAGAGCAAGGGACAUUCUGUCCGAUCCCAAUGCUCGUGCGGCCUACGACCAGUCUCUUAAGGCCAAGCUGCUGCGCAAACAAGAGCGCGAGGCAAUGGACAAGGAGCACCAAAGAUUUGCCGACGACCUCGAGGCCCGCGAAAAUGCCCACAGACAGCAGAUGCAACAGCAGCAGCAGCGGGAACAGGAGAAGCUAGCCAAGGAGCGAGAGCGACUUGCAGAAGUGCAGCGUCUUCAUGACGAAGAGAAGGAGCGGCAGGCUAAGGCAGCGCAGGACUUGGAGGACAGGGCCGAGGCUCUUCGUAGAGUGAGGGAGAAUAGGGAGGAAAAGGCAAGGCGGAAGCAGAUGAAGAAGUCAAUCAAGGCCACAAAAGGUAUCAAGAAGCAGCCAGGGCCUUCAAAUGGCACUGUUCUUGUUCCCGGCGACUACCUCGUGGAUCUCGGUUCGGUCAAGAAGAAGUACUGGGAACUGGUCUGCGACAAGCUGCGGGCCGUUCAAGCAGUGAGGAACCUGCAGAAGCUUGAUGCUACGAACAGUCAGGAGCUCGAGGACGCGGAGAAGAAGAUGAUAGAGGCUCGACAACGCAUUCACGAUGCGGAGAUGAAGUUUCAGCAGGACACAGCAGCCGUCUAA